AUGUCCACCCGCAAGCGCCCGCCCCCAAACCCCCUCGACCCCGACUCCGACUCCGACACCAGCAGCCCCCCCACCAGCAAGAAGCGCCCCUUCCAGCAGAAGCCUCCCCAAACCACCACCUCCUCCAUACCCCCACCACCACCUCCACCGCAGGCCGCCGCCGCCAAUGACGACGAUGAUGAAGACGACUACAUGAACAUGACCAUCGCCGAGCCCAGCGCGCCCGAAACAUUCUCGCAGCGCAAGAAGCGCCUGCAACUCGAAGCCGAAACCCGCGCCCGCCCCAAAUCCAAAGCCGAGCUCGCCGCGCUCGAAAAAUCCAACCGCGAAGCAGCCCUCGCAAAGUCCCUCCUCGACACCCAAACACCCAACAAGGGCCUCCUCAUGAUGCGCAAAAUGGGCUUCACGCCCGGGACCGCCCUCGGCGCCCCCACCACCACCACCACCACCACCACAGCAGCGAGGUUAGAGCCCAUACCAGUGACGCUGAAAGAAGACCGCACCGGCAUCGGGCACGCCUCUGCGCAGCGCGCAAAACUCGCCUCUGCCGCCUCCUCCUCCUCCACCACCGCGGCGGCGGCGCAGCUCUCGCCAGAAGACUACCGCGCGCGCGUCGCCUCGGAGCAGGAAGAGCGCCGGCGCGAGGCGCAGAUGGUGGCCGCGCAGAAGCUGGCCGAGCAGUUCUCGUGUGAGCGGUCUGGGGGCGCCGUGGGGGAGCGUACAGUGCCGUUACGGAGCAUCCCCGUGCUGUGGCGCGGCCUCGUGAAGCGGCGCGAGGAGGCUGAGCGUGAGAAGAGGAUGCGGUAUGAUCUUCUGCAGAGCCUGGAUACGCCGCGGCUGCCGGGGUGUGCGAGGGACUGUGAGCUGGAUGAGGUUGAUAAAGCGGCGCUGGGCAUCACGGUGCCGGGGUUGCGGCGGCUGGGGGUGGGGCAGGGGCGGUGGUGGAGGAGGAUGGUGGGAGGAGGGGGAGGAGGUGGAUGA